AUGGCUCAAGAUUCUAAAGCUUGUAAUUUAACGCCUGAAAAUGUUAAUCCAAAUGUAAUAAAUCCUCUUAAAUUAUUUCUGCAAAAUUUCGAUCCAAAAUUUAAAGAAAUAAAUAUUCAAAUAGAAGAAAAUCCCGAAAUUUACAUUUUCGACCACGGAAACUCUACUUAUUACAAAACAACCGACGACUCACCACUUCUAACCUCCCAAAAGCUAGUUUCAAAAUCUCAAAACGCGGCAGUUCGUUUCUGGGCAGAAAUAUUCUCGAGUAUUCACAUCGGAAUAACCUUUGUCACUUCAUUUCUUCUUCAACUAUUAAAGUUCCUAAUGGUGAGCACUCUGCGCCCUCUGACAGUCGGCGUUAUCCAAUUAACGAGCGACUAUUUGAUAAAACCAGUUCUGAGCAUUACGUUCAACGGUUUGGUCCAGCCGGUUCUGAUCUUCCUGUUGAACGUCGCGACAUCUGUACGGGAUGUUUGCAAGCCUCUAGCGGAGGCCUUGGGAUUCUUCUUAUUAGAAAUUUCUAAUCUCUGCCGCGCUUUUAGAUUUGUUGAAGUCAAACAUUAG